AUGGCUAGACAAAACUUUAUUGGCCUUGUGGUAUCACAAGGCAAAAUGACCAAGACUGUGAAAGUUAGAGUCCAAACCAAGGCAUAUGAUAAUAGGGUACAUAAGGAAAUCAUUAAGAGAAAAGAUUACUUAGUUCAUGAUGAAGGAAAUCUUUGUAAAGAAGGCGAUAUAGUUAGAAUAGAGGCCAUUCCAAAGAUAUCUGCUCGCAAGUAUUUUGCUAUUGCAGAAAUCAAGGUUAACAAGGGUCAACAGUUUGCAUUGUAUGAAACAUUGGCGAAAGAAAAGGUGUCUAACGAAGAACAAAAAAAGGUCGAAGAAUUCAUAGAAAAGAGAAAUGAUUUCGAAAAAGUGAUAAACAAAGUAGAAGAUUUGAGGAAGUUAGACCAGAUAACCAGGUCUUUACUGGCUGAUCCUUCUGCCGACAGACAAUUCCUCUUGAAUGAAAUUAACUCAAUCAAGGAAAAGUAUGGUAUCAAAUCAUGGCCCUCUACUGAACCAGUAUUGAAAUUGGAAAUAAACGAAUCUGCAAAGGAUUUAUCAAAUCUUGAAAAUAGGAUAGCUAAUAUCAAGCCCAUAUUAGAAAGGCUCAUGAGUGAUGAGUUCACUUCUUUCAGAGAAGAUGUCCUAUCAAAGAUGUCAAAGACUCCAGUUCAGGAGCUUAAACCGCAUACUCAAAAGAAUAUAUUGAGGAAAUUUGUUCUUAAUCCAAAGAACGAAUGCCCUGUCGCUUUAUAA